UUUAAGAUGGAAACACUGUAUUAACCGAUGAAUUCUUUCUGGUUGUUCCCUCAAUGCUGAGGAUCGUGACUGUAUGUCAAUCAUCUCCACUCGGUCCGGCUCUGCGCCAUAUGUACCGGUCAUUUAAUCUGGCCUCCAGUCACCUCCUUGAGUUGGUCCACCCAUCUAGCUGGCGUUCUUCCUCCGAUGAAUAGUGUGAUAGUAUUUAUUAUGGCUCUACAUUGUCAACUUACUGCCAAUUGUGAACGCAAUCACGUAAGCCCGAACGCCCGGAUGUGCAUAGAUCUGAUAUCAUUCUCCUAUCUCGAGACUUGUAGUAUGUUGUGUCAAUGGAUAAAAUAGCUGUUUUUAAAUAUUUGAUGAAUUUUAUGUCAACAAUAAGCGUUAUGAAUUUGGUGUCUGUUUUGUUUCGAUAUAUUGAAAACUAGCGACCCGUCCUCGCUUCGCUUCGGAAACUGUAAUUUAUUAUUGAUUUCUCCACCAUUUAAUGGACUUUAUUAUACAUAUUAUUAUAAACCUUCCUCUUCAAUCACUCUAUCUAUUAAAAAAAACCGUAUCAAAAUCCGUUGCGUAGUUUUAAAGAUUUAAGCAUACAUAGGGACAUAGGGACAGAGAAAGCGACUUUGUUUUAUACUAUGUAGUGAUUAUCCGCGCUUCUUGGUUUUGAUGGCGAACGAUGUCCAGGUGGUUCAAGUGGAAGUCGAGUCUCGAUUUGUCACCCGGUUGCUCUUCGAGAAGACGCGUAGUACAGAUUACACAUAAUUUUCUUGAAUCUCCCUCCUCGAUUCGUCCCACUGGUCACUUAGUAGUCAAAUCAGGAGAUAGGGUCAGGAUUCAGGCGAGAACAUUAUCCCGAGAUAAUUUUUGGGCUUGACAAAUUUUUGAUGAUAUAGUUAUAUCAAAUCAAACUACAAAUGAGACUGGUGGUAGGACGUCUUGUGGGUCCGCACGGGUAGGUACCACUACCAUGCUUAUUUCUGCCGUGAAGCAGUAAUGCGUUUAGGUUUGAUGGGCGGGGUAGCCGUUGUGCUAUUAAAAGUAAAACCUUACAACUCAUUGUCUCAAGGUGGGUGGCGGCAUUGAGUUGUAGAUGUCUAUGGGCUCCCAUAACCACAUAAGAUCUGGGCCGUGAGCUCGUCCACUUAUCUAAGCAAUAAAAAAAAAGAGUUUUAUAAUUUUUUCAAACACUAAUUACACAUUAAGUAAUAUUAAAAAUAAACAAAUAUAGUGGAUAUGUAUGUAACAAGUGUAAGCUCAAAACAAAAGUUUUUUUACACUUGAUUAUACAGACGAUAUUAGAAUUAUUAUUUACAUUUAUUACAAAGAAACACUAGUUUCAUUGCCUUUUACUUUUCCAAUCAGUGCCGGAGUUUAAAAUAUAUGUAAAAAAAUAAUCGAAUUGAUUUAAUACAACAUGAAAUUAUAGGUGACAAAAAAAAAGAUUUUUAUUAAUUUUCUCACUGUGUCGUUCAUAAAUCUAUACGAAAAGUCAUAUCGUUUUUGCUGCGUGAAAAAAGGACCAAUAAAACUUUUUUGGGACGCUAUGAAAAUGCUAACGUGUACAAUUUACGUCAGUCUUAAAAAAUAAUAAUCUUAUUAUAUCCUUUAAUUUGAAAAAAGUAUUCAAGCGGUUCGAACGUGUCGAAUAUUUGAUAAGGAGAUCGAUAAAUAAAACAUUAAGAUAUGCGUUCGUUUUGUUGUUGGAUUCAAGGGACUUUACCUACGUUUGCCGCAUUCAACGUCACUGUAAUGUAUAUCCAUCACCGGCGAGCAUGAUGGUCGCGAGCACAAUGAUAACAGACGACAAGAGUACAGAGGAGUUGCAGAAACGAUUCGGCGAGCUCUUAGAUGAGAACUUGAUACUGAAGGAAACUUUAAAGCAGAAUAAUGAUUCGAUGAAGGAACAGUUCCUGCUGAUCGCCUCCUGUCAGGAGGACAUGAUGAAGACCCAUAUGCUGCACAAGGAGAAGUUCGAAGAGACCAAGGAACUGGUCGAGAGACUCCGUCAAGAGAACAAGAAGUUAAAGUUCGACAUCCAGCAUCUGGACGACAGCAGGCCUAGGGUCGCGGAGGGUCCGCCGGCGCGGUCCGGGCCGCCGUCCGCCGUGGAGUUCGUGUCGGCGCCCGACGACGACACCAUGAACAAGCUCACGGCCCAACUGGCGCUCGUCGAGAAGCAAAGGCGACAGGUUAUAGUUGAGAAUGAGAAACUGACCUGGCAGAAGGAGUCCCUGGAGCAUAUAGUUGACGCAACGUCCAAGGAGAGGGACGACUUGAAGGAGAAACUGAAACGGGUCGAGCUUCAAAUGUUGAGCCGGGAGACUGAGCACGCGCUUGAAACCGAGAAACUAAGCUUCACGAUCAAGCAGCUUAAGGACCAGCUGCAAGCGGUCAGCGGAGACACGAGCGUGUCGUUAGAGGAAGUGAAGCGACGUGACGUCACGAUACAGCAGCUGCAGAACAAGAUAGCGAUGUUGCAGAACGAGCUCAAGACCGCGCAGCUGAAGAUUUUGGAUCUGGAGAACGUGAAGCUGCAGUUCAGCAAGCACAAGUCCGACGCGAACGAAACCGUUAAAGUGUACAAGGAUCAGAUACAGGACCUGCAGAAUAAACUCAAGGAGGCAUCGACCAUUGUGUUCCAGCCCGCUCGGAUAUCGUGCGGCGCGGCGGAGUCUGACCAGUCCAACGUCAACGCGAACGUGAAGCUGUACGACAGAACCUUGAAGCAUCUAGCUGAGCUGCUCAACGUGCUAAUAUACGGGCUCUCCGACAGCCUGGCGGAGACGGUGGGGCUGCUGGGCAGUCUGAGCGACCUGGAGCUGGGCCGUUGCUCGGCGGGGCAGCUGCGCGCCGGGCUCGCCGAGCUCAAGCAGCAGCUGGAGAAGCAGCACAGCGCCGUGCUCAGCAACAUCGGUCAAGUAAGGGGGACGUUGUCGAUAUUCGAAGGGAUAUUCAAAGAUUGUAGUAACAUCCUCGACAGCAAGGCCAAGGAAGCGAAGAAUCCCGGAACUCCCAACAUUGAGAUGCUGACCUCGGCGCUUGUGGCCCGGGGACAGGAGCUGCAGAUGCUGAAAGUUGAGAUCGAUAAGCUGAAGGAGGAGAAAGAGGACACGGAGCUUUUGAAAGCACAACUCGAGUUAUACAAGAGCGACUUCGAAGCGGAACGAGAGUCUCGUCAAGAGAUGGCCAGUGAAAAGGAAACCGUGCUCACGGACCUCAGGAAAACUCAACGAAUGAACCAAGAGCUGACGCAACAGCUGGACGAGGUACGGAGGCUGAACUCGGACGUUUACCAGAGGGCCACAGCGAAGCGAUCGGCGCCCUCCGCCGCCGCCCCCCGCCCCGCCGCGCCCUCCCCCCGCUCCCCCCCAUCCAGCACCGGCAACAUGGUGUACACGUGCCCGAAGUGCAUACGGUUCUCCUGCGACCAGUACAAAGUCAUGGAGGACCAUUUCGAUUUUUGCCUCGACGACUUUUAAAACGUUUGUACGUACGUUUUAUGUUAACGUUAAAUACUGUGCGAGAUAAAUGUUGCCGGAAUCGAAGACCGUAUCUUUAUAGAAAGGGAAUAUAGAACCGAUCGAUUCUAAUUUUGAAGAGAAAUACGUCAUGUUGUUUUGAUUGAAGACUUGAAGAUUGAAGACAUUUUAUUGGUGGUAGGACCUUAUGUGAGUCUGCACGGGUAGGUACCACCACCCUGCCGUGAAGCAGUAAUGCGUUUCGGUUUGAAGGGCGGGGCAGCCGUUGUACUGAGAUCUUAGAACUUAUAUCUCAAGAUGGGUAGCGUAUAUACGCUGUAAAUGUCUAUGGGUUCCAGUGUCGACUUAACACCAGGUGAGCUGUGAGCUUGUCCACACAUCUAAGCAAUAAAAAAAAUGAGCGGAUGAAGGGGUCAAGUACCAUUUUUAAGAAUUUUGAUUUUUUACGUUGAAUGGAGGUGUUAUGCGCCUAUAAACCAAUUUAGACCUUAAAACUCUGGGUUUAAAAGCUAUUUUUAGAAAUUGCAUCCGAUGAAGGAUUUAUGUACCAAGAAAAAAUAUCACGUUGAAUGAAAGUGACAUGGGCACUUAACGUAUUCUUUAAUUUUAAAUUAUUCCAAACAAUAAUAUCCUCCAUAUUGGUGAAGAUAUGGAAGUACUUUUCACGUUUAAAAAAAAAGAAAAAUGACAGCAAACAACGCAUAAUAUCUCAAAAAUAAGUAACAAAAGCUUGUUGCCCGUUUUCUCGAAAUUAACAAGUUGUAUCAUAUCCCAUUCAUCCACUCAUGUCUUCAAUUAAAGUAAAGAGAACACGUAAUGUAAAGCAAAACUGUAAGGGUUCGAUGACCCGAUCGAUUUUAUGACAGCAAUUUCUUUUGUAAUGUCCUCGUUUUCGGCAAUGCCUUUAUUAUGCUUGGUAUGUAUGGGUAAUAAUUUAAUCUUGAAUCCUUGAAUGUAGAAUGAUAAAUGAAAUAAAACAAAAGUCACUUUGCGAAGCACAUCCUCCCAGGUGUUGCCAAGUACUAAAGUAAGGAGGCAGGAGUAGAUGAAUUUCAUUAAUAAAUUGAUGAAUUGCAUACAUUUUGGAAUUUAAUGAAUAUAAUGCUCUCUCGAGAUUAUUAGAAAAUUUAUACAAUUUCCGUGAAAAAAUAUGCAAAACGAACCACAAUUAAAAACAUUAUUUCAAACAAAAAUAAUAUAUUUAUUAUUCUAGCAUUCGGAAAGAGGUUAUGUUAUUAUCUACUAUUCCUAAAAAGAGAUAGUGUUGCCAAUGCAGAAAUUAGUUUGUAAUAAUAUGAUAUCAUAUGUAUAUUUUCGAUUGAUAGCUACAAUAAACUCUAGCAACACUGUUUUAACAGAUUGAUACUGUAUUCAUGUUUCUCAAUGAACUAUUCAGAUAUUGACUUGUUUUUUCUGAAAUUUCACGGCGCACGCUUACUAAUAAACUGACCUAACUCAUUAAAACAAAUUGUCACAUUACAGCAUUGUCAAAAUUUGCAUGAGUAAAAGAGACAAACAGUCACAGUUGUUCCGUUUAGAACAGCCUUUCCCAAAGUCGUCGAUAACGCCCCCUUGUGGGCGCUGCAGGCCUAAAGGGGGGCGGUAAGAGACCCAGAAAAAAAGGGGGCUUGGGAGGCGAGAUGUAAAUUUAUUCAGGAGGACUCUUAGACAUCAAGUGAGCUCUCGCUAUAGUGGCUUUUCAGUAGAUGAAAAAAUGGGGGCGCUAAAAAUUAAUUUAUUCUCAAAGUGGGCAGUAGACAAAAUAAGUUUGGGAACCCCUGGUCUAGAAUAAAUCUAUAUGUUUGCUUAAUCCCCUUUAAACCUAAAUCUUAAUUGGUCAGUCGAUUAUUAAUCGUGCGAUGUCUCCAUGUAUACAAACAAAAAAAAUUAUUAAAAGUAUUUUUAGAUUUUAAGUUUUCUUUUUUAGGUAACUUUUAAAUAUAUUUAAAUUUUAGUCAAUGUUAACACAGGUUAGGUAGGUCAGUGCCAUUUUUAAGUAUUUGUGGAACUAUGGAACUAAACUAUAUAUGUAAUAUUUAAAAUUAAACCAAAGCACGGUAAAUGUGAAAUACUAUGAGUGUUCCGUUAGUGUAAAUUGCACAAACGACAAUAAAUUUAUUUAAAAUUGAUCAUCGAUCAAAAGUUAUUUAAUUGUUAAUAGAGAAACCGUAAUGUACGACGUGCAUUGAGUGCGUAUGCCGAGUACAAUGCGUCCUUAGUAUGGGUAUCCAAAAUCGACAUCGCGAAAUCAGCCUGUGUUCGACUCAAUGGUACAGUAUUAUUGUAUUGUUAUCCGGUAUACAAGAAAUUUGCGGAUUUAAUGACGAUAACACAAUAACUAUUUGAAGUUGAUGAAAGUUUGACAAAAAUAUUCCAUUGUAAAAUGUACCUACAUUCCCUCAGUUACAUAUGUAGAAGCAGUAGUUAGUAGUGCUGCUUCACUAACUGUAUUGGGUAGGCACUGACACGAAGGAUGGGUAAAACAGUGAGUAUGAAUAUGUACUGCUCGCAGUUUCCAAGAUUAUCGAUAUAUCCCCGAACGUGUUUUGAACAACAAUAAUUGGUGAUGGUCUAAAAUCACAAGCGACAGCGAUUUUGACAAAUUGUAAGGCGGUAGCCCAAGUAGUGGCGGAUUAGUGAGUCGCCAUACGUACAUACAAGAGACACUAAUAUAAAUCCAGACCAAGAGAGGUCACAGGCGCUCGCCGUACCCGCUUACCGCCCCCAUCGCCUAGGCGGAAGGCGGUUUCUUUCACAAACUCGCAUGGUAUUCAAUUGGCACUUCAUUACAUUCCUUUUUGACACUAACGCAAAACCUUAUGUCUAUAUGUAUUGUAAGCAACAUGCUCACAUUUUUUUAUGUUAAUAUUUUCCGAUAGACACAUCCCGUAUUCGAAAUUAUUUAGAUUAUCGUGUAUAUAUAAUAGUAUGUUUAAUUAUAUUGACUAUAAAACAAUAAUAAACCUUAGAAUUUGGAAUCGUUAUGGCCUCGUGGUGUGAGCUGGAUUAUAGUUCUGAAUGGCCUCAAGUGGGAAUGGUCAAAAUAUAAAUAAAACUAUUUCAAUAGUUUGAUACCUUGAUUAAAAAAAUUUGACGGUAGUCAACAUAAUGUUCAAAUGUCGACAGAUGCAGCUCAGUCUUAUUCGACCACGGAAACUGUAAAUGAUUUGUAAUGUCGAAAAUAAUAUUAGACAUAUUGAGAAUACAAAUCGCAAGAUUAAAUUGUAAAAGUAGUUUUACAUGUUUGAAUGAUUCUUCAAAAGCGAAUAACGUGCGUUCACAAAAUCAUAAAAUUUCCCACUAAAUCAUAGCAUCUUACGUUUUGACAGAUUAGUGUUGCCAUAUCAUUAGCUAAUUAAUUUCCGUUUCUUUCGUACAUGAGUAGUUUAAAAAAAGUUAAAAGAGUGAUACAAUAUUUUUAUAAUCUCAAUGAAACCAGUCAACUGUGAUUUUUAAAUAAGAAAUAUUAGAACAAUGGUUCCGAAUGUAUUGUAUAAAGAAUUUAAAGUGUCAUAGUGUAUUAAUAAAAGCAAAUAUAUAUUAUUAACUAAAUGAUUAAAGACUGUUUGAAAAUAAUAAAUAUUGCAUUAGACGCCAUUUUAUUUUUCAGUUUGUUGUCAAAACUUAUUUUUUAUUUAUUUGACAAAUUGUUAUCAAAAUUUAAUAAUUUGCUCAUCUUAUCUCAGCGACAUAAUGCCGUCACGGCUAUUGACAAAACCCUUUGGUCGUUAAUACUAAAUAAAAAAUAAUCAUUUUUAAUCGAUUGAUCAUUCCGUAUAUAGGUAUGAAUAGGUAUAAAUAAGGUGGAAACGUUCAUUGGAGAUUAAUGAAAUCAGCGAAGUUUCCAUUAUACAAAAUCAUAUCUCUGGUAUUCUAUCCACGUUCAAAUGUGUGUUUAUAUACAAAACUUAUUGAAGUCGCACCCGAGAUUUUCUGUAGUAAACCAAUGAUGAUUGAUGAACUCUGCUGGCGCGCUCGUGUAGUAAAUGAUUAAAGUUCUUAAUAAAAUGAAAUGAAGCUAUUUUUAAUAAAUACUUAAACAGGAUAUAGAAUUGGUCUGUUCUACAUUCUGACCUAGCUGUUGCAGCUUCUGUGGCCUUGUUAUGCCCAGUAACCCCUUAAAUGAAACUAAGUGUUUCGUUUUUACAAUUAUGAAGGAAAUCCACCCAAUCAUCAUGAUUGGAACGGUUGACAUUCUUUCGUAAUACCACUGUCAAGGCGAGUACAUUUGACAUUGUUUCCGGUUGUUCUCGUUUUGAUGGUGGCAAGUAUAUGAUUGUAUAGACAAAACUAAGUGCUUAGGUCUAUCUAUCAACCACUUGCCUUGAAAUAUUGUCGAUUCAACUGUAUCCUAAAACCAAUAUCAACUUCAGCCAGCUCUUGAAAAAGGCCAUGUUAAGCUCAGUUUAAUUGAUCUAUUAUUAUCAAGAAUAAGUUUAUUGUCCCAUAUAAUAUUCUGAUAUUCUGAUAUCGUCAUAAUAGAUCAGUCUAGGCGUUGAGGCGGUGUCGAUUGAUAUCUCUAUUCCUCAGGAGAAGAAUUUCGUGAAAGGAAAAAAUAUAAUUUACUAAAACACUUGGGCUUUGAUUGAACUAUCGUUGUCCCGAUAGGUGUGGCGGUGUAUAGCGUAAACUUUUGACCAACACCUUAAGAAACUUCCGUUAGCUGGAUUAAGGUCCUGAAGCAGAAAACAUUGAUUCUUGGUAAAGCGUGUAUUUUUAGUAUUUAUCUCACUCUGAAGCCUCAAAAGUAUGUUGAAGCCUUAUAAGACGAAUCUAUUUUUGUAAAGUAUUUUUCGUCAAUUUUGUCAAACAGACACUGAUGCUUGAAUUUGGAAUAUAGAAGAAUACAGUAAAAUACCAUAGACCGUUACAAUCUAUUUUUUUGGGUUGUGUAUACAGUAAAAAUAUACGUUACGAAAAAUGAGAUAGGUGUUGCCAACAUUAAUGUUAUUUGAGAGCUGACAUUUGAUAUGUCGAAAAAAUACCAUUAUUCUUUCGUGAUAAUAGUUAAAUGAAUUCUUCCAGUUUUCAUUUAGAAUUAGUAAAUUAGUAGUAAAUAAAAAGUUUUUUUUUAAUAUCCUGACUGUGUUAGACCUUGGAGGGUUUGGUACCACAGUACUGCUUGUUUUCAUGGCCAAGUAACUGUUACUAUAUAGUGGUUUGAAAGGUAUGAUAAUAUGAGGUGGGGUUAGAUUCAAUAUAAGGCGACUCCCUCUUUCAACAUUAAGUCCUAUUAUAAUUGAUUCUAAUUACCUCUGUGGACUGAAAUGAAGUGAGCCACUACUGUGUUUUGGUUAGAAAAUUAUAGUUUAGUUGAAUGUUGUCUGUGAUAUGUAUCGUAUCAUUUUUUAUAAAUAAAUAUUUAUGUAGAAUGUAUGAAAAAUAUAGAAUCAUUUAUGAAAUUUGAUUUAUUCCUAAAAUCCUCAUUAAAUUAUCAUCCCUAUUUUAUUUUUUAUAUGUAAAAUUUAUAUGUAGUUUUAGUAAUUUUCAUAGAAGUCUAAUGUCAGAUAAAAAUAAAAUAAAAUAUUGAGAUAGAAA